AUGUGUGCGUCUGCAUGUCAAUGUGUGUGCGCGCGUCUGUGCACGUAUCUGCGCGUGUGUAUGUAUCUUCGCACUGGCGUGUGUUUGCGCGUGUGCGUGUGUGUGUGUCUGCGUGUGAAAUUGUACGUAUGUAUGUGUGUAUGUGUUUGUGCCUGCGUGUGUCUGUGUGUGUGUGUGUGUGUGUGCGUGUGUACGUGUGUCGUUUACAUGGGAAUGCAGUAUCACCGCUCACUCUAA